GACAGAGAGCGAGAGAGAGAAGCAGCCAGGCAGAGAGGGAGCUGGCGGUCUGGUGGCCUUGCAUAACACGCGUUGGAGCAGCCUUGAACGCAGGACUUGGUGUUAGCUCCAGCAGCGGGGAACUUCCUUCACCGUCAGCCCCGUUGCAGGGGCAGCGUUGCCUCCAAACCGGAGAGUCCAGAGAGGAGGGCAGAGCUGGAGCAGCUACAGCACAGGCUCCAGGAGAGGAGAGCAGCACAAAGGAGAGAUUCAGGAAGAGGAGUCCUAGGAAACACGUCUCCAACACACAUACACACAGACACACACACACUGAGAGGCAGGAAGAAUCCUUGGACAUGCUCUGCAAGCAGUGGCUGUGGAGGGACUGCAGAGAAAUGUUAUUGCUAUAAAGCCGUGGAUCAAUGCGAGGAGUAAAUAGUGGGUCUGGGAGCAUGAGAGAAGACUCAGGCGGAAGGAGUGAAGGUGGGGGAUUGGAGGAGCUGGCGACUGCUGCGUAAGAGAGGAGAUGUAACUCUGCUGGGGGGCCUCUCACCUGGAGACAACAGAGAGGAGGUUGAAUGAAAACAUCUCGUCUGCCCUCCUGCGCACACAGUGACGGCAGACAAGCACCGCCGCACAAACCUAUUUCUGUGGUUUGUGCAGUUUUUUUUGUGAUUCCUGUCGACAUCGUGGAAGAGGUGGAUCGGUCAGAGAUGAUUCCUCAUGAAGUCUAUGGAGCUCAUUUUGUGAGCUGGAGUGACUCCAUCUUCUCUGGUCUGAGACCUUGAGCUGACCACCCGUGAACACAAGAAGAGCCAGAGCCACACAGCACACGGAGAGGCCGACUGCUGCACAUAAACAACGAGUCCAGGAGAGAGAGAAAGACAGAUCCAGAAGAAGUUAGAAUUAAUACUUGGGAAUAUUAGAACCACGCUGGCACAAUGAAAUCCAACCAGGAGCGGAGUAAUGGAUGCCUGCCACCUAAGAAGCGUGAGAUCCUGGCUCUGGAGCAGAGGCCCGUGGUAGUAGCCACAGCAACACCUCCAGCUGCAGUAGUUACGGACAGUCCCCACACAGAGAACCUAGCAUGGCUGGCAAGUGUUGCCAGCGAGCGCUGCAGAUCCAGGGACGCAGAGAGCCCGAGAUGUCCCAUCUCCUCCACUUCCUCCUCUUCUCCUUCUACUUCUCUCCCUUCCUCUGCCACUCCUCUGUCUGCGGUGCCCCUGGCCUCUUUGCCUGCAGUUUACCCCACAGCCCUUCCCCAGCAGGCUGGGACUAUCCAGUUUGCCCAGCUGGGACCCAACGUUCAGUUCAUCAGCUCUGGGCCCUAUGCUGGCUACAUCUCCUCUCACAUCAUCUCUGCCAAUGCUGGUUCUGCACCUAACAGUUCGACCAUAGGACAGCGUCCCCAGCUGGAUGGUUACACCACUGCCCUCAUCUCCCCCAACACCAAAGGAGAGCAGCAGUUUCAAAUAGGCCUCUCUCCCACAGAACUGGCUCCUGUGUCACUCCCGAGCUCUCCCCAAGUCACCAGCCAGUACAUUCAUCUCGACAGCAGAACGCCUCUGACUGUCGGCGGAAAUGCCGUCACGUCACCCACAGCCCACCUCCAGCUCCACCCUCACACAGCCGUCCUCCCUCAAACGCUCACCAUCGCUCCCUCCCAACUGGUGGUUCAGUAUGCAGAUGGUUCAGUUGGAAAGAAACCAGAGGGGCAUACUAAGAGUGUAUUGAACGGGGAGUUAGAGGUGGUCAAACAGACUAAAACUCCCAGUCAUCAAGUGAACCAUCAGCAGGUCCAGAGCUAUGAGGCCAGACAUAUCCUCCUGCCUGCAGACUACGGCCAAAACCCUGCAGGACUCCAGACCUCCUUGGUGCUGUUGGCCCAGCCCAACCACGGAGCUGAACGUGAAACUGGCUCAAAUAAGAUCUCUUUAGUCCAGACUGAGAAAGGAGGCAUCUGUUUGGGGAAACCAGUGUCCAGAUCGUCCUCCUUCACCUCCCUCUCGUCCUCAGAUGUGGUUAAGUCUGUUGCUCCUCAUACAGUCAUUCAAACCACUCUACCCCCCGAGGAGCUGCCAGCCAGUCUUUAUUCCUCCACACAGCCACCAAUCAUCGGCUAUAUCACCAGUGCAAAUCAGCACGCUGUCAGCUACCAUGCGGCACUGCCUCAGCACCUGGUCAUCCCGAGUGGCCAGUCCCUCCUCAUCCCAGUCAGUGGCACUAAUAACGGCACAGAAAUUGAGGUCAGUCGUACUGUCAGCGCUCUGACUGCUACCACUGCCCCUCAAAUAUCCACCGCCAUGCCGCAUGCCUAUCUGGCCACAGCCCUGUCUAAGUGUGAGGCGCUUGGGCCAGAUGGAAAUCAACCACCCCCUGCCAUCGCACAGGCACCAGCGAUGCCAGUCCUGCCCUCUAACCCAGCUCCUGCAGUGGCGGCAGCUCCCUCCCCAACUCCUGCUCCUGUCCCCAGUCCCGCCCCUGUUUCCAUCCAGGCCUCCCACUCCAUCUCCUCUCCCUCUUCCCCUGUGGCGCUUCCUCCAUUCUUCAUGCGAGGCUCCAUCAUCCAGCUGGCCGAUGGGGAGCUGAAGCGCGUGGAGGACCUCAAGACGGAGGACUUCAUCCAGAGUGCUGAGAUUAGCAGUGAGCUGAAGAUCGACUCCAGCACUGUUGAGCGUAUCGACAGUGGACAGAGUCCCAAUGCUGUGGUCAUACAGUUUUCUGUGGGAGAGCUCAAAGCUCAGGUGUGUGUGGAGGUGCUGGUGGAGUAUCCCUUCUUUGUGUUUGGCCAGGGCUGGUCGUCCUGCUGCCCAGACAGGACCACCCAGCUGUUUGAGCUGUCUUGCGCCAAGCUGUGUGUGGGCGAUGUAUGCGUGUCGCUGACUCUCCGCGGCUUGAGGACCACAACAGUAACAGACAGCCAGGCUUUGGGGACCAAGCUGAAGAGCGGUCACCUCUCUGACUCCUGUCACAGUGUGGAUGCCACUGUAAGAAACAGUGUGAGUCCAAACACUGCAGGCAGAAACGGUGGCCUCCUCAUGAAGGCAUCCAGUGCGGACAGGUUGGAGAGGGAGCAGGUUACUGGACCGGGACCAGGACUAGAGCUACCACCAGGAUUGGGACUAGCUCCAGGACCAGGGGAGGGGAUCUAUGGAACUGGACCAAUGCUGGCAGUCUCUGGGACUGGAGAAGUAAGACAGGAAUCAGUUAAAACAGACAUGCCUGCACUUACCAAAAUACAAUGUGGUGAUCCAGAGAGACCCGCAGUCCGCAAGAGACGCUGGUCAGCUCCAGAGCGAGACCAGACUGAGAGAGCGGAGGAGGAGCCUCCUCUGACUCUGCCCAAACCCUCCUUCAUCCCUCAGGAGGUUAAAAUCAGCAUAGAGGGCCACUCCAGUACCGGGAGUGAAAGGUGCUUGAACAAAAGAAUAGACUGUUGAGAGAACUUUUAAAGGAAUUUUGAUUACCUGUGGUUUGCUUUGUGUUUAUCCCCUCUCUUUCGUCUCUAUCCAGACUACUGUAAUAUAGGCUGAGUUUACACAGUAUUUACAUGUUUUCUUUUUCUUUAACACAAGUCUGAUAUCUACGAUGAACUACAGUAGAGCACCUUCAUAAGUGGUAUCACAUGCGAGAUCAGUGCAAUCAAUGCUGAAAGCAAAAAUGAAUGCAGCGUGAAUGUUGAGUAUGAGUGGCGGUCAGACACCUGAGAGACACUUGACUGGGGUGUCACAUAUCAUGAGCUGGAUCUCCUUUGUCACAUUGCUCAAACCUGUUGGAUGCAGACCAGUUGACCAUUCCACUUAUCACAUGAACAAGCACAGACCCCGAUGUCAGCUUGUAGAAAGUGGGUAACCAUAUUUUGACUCUCAUUCUGUUUGUUUAUUUGGUGUGCAGUGAGUGGCGUUUGUGAGUGGUUGGAGUCAAAGAGAGACCUUUGGUGUUUCAGUGAUAAUGCUCAAUCAUCAUGGCUGUGAUCUCUGCUGCCUUGUGUUUCCGAUGACUUAUAUUUUGUUACUAUUUUUCAUCUUCAUACCAUUGCAGGUGUGUGCGCCGCCGCAGGUGGCGUUGUGCCACUUGUCUUUCUGUGUAUGUGCCUGUGUCCGUUUGUGUUUUUCUGUGUGGCUGUCAGACAGAGCACAGAAUUAAGGUGUGUUUGUGUGGCUGCAGCUGUGAGCUCAGUGGUCAAUAAAACCUGCAAAUAUCAAGACUGAAAAGGCCUGAAUGUAAAUCACUGAAUUAGUUCUCAAUCAAUGUAGAAUUUGACACCAUUGCUUUUGCAAUGUGUGUGUGUGACAGCAUUGGACACGGGUGCACUUCUCUGAUGAAGUUCCUCGGUAAAAUUUACCUUAGUAGUUUGUAAGUUUCAUACUUUCUUUCAAGUACAGCACGUAUCACUUGUUGAUGGUCGUCUUUUUGGGACCGCUAUGUGCAGCAUUUCAAAUCUGUACAAACAGGGGAAGUCGAGAUAUUUCUUACAUAGCUGCCGAUGAGUUUUUAGCCAAUUUAUGUAUAGACUCAUAUUGCAAUUUAAACCAUAGUUGGCUGACAUAAUACAUUUUUUGGCCACUUGGGGGCAGCUCAAUAAACUGUAAAUGCAACACUGAUAUGAUACCACUUUCAGAUUUGAUAUGGCAAAUACAGAAAACAAUUACGCUUAAGUACACAUCCAGCAACACAGAUAAUCAUGUGUUUGGAGUCAUGUGAUGCAGAGCAGUUCAUCUUUCCUUAUUUGCUCUGUUUCAGUCUCGACCAACUCCUGAGAGAAAUCUCUAGCCCUUAAAGGUGGAGUUAGCAGUUCUGGAGAAAGACUGUUAAAAGCCAAACUCAACACCCAAACAAAUACACCCCCUCCUGUCAGUUCUCCUUCAGAGGCUCAGUUUUACCGUCCCUCUUGCUCACACUGCCUUUCGUUUUGUACAUCUAUGGCCUUUCCUCUUUGCACAGCACAAACAAGCUGCUGCUGAUUGGCUGGAAUACUGUUGUGUGCUACUUGCUCAUUUACAGAGCCACGAAUGGGUGUGAAACCAGAUCUUUUUUUCAGCACAUACACAGAGCAGACAGCUAGCAGACCAUGAGGAGAUAGCUGACUCUACCUUUAAGCCGCUAAAUUCUCUGUCAUGAUUACAAGCUAGUUGUUAACAUUGUCUGUUUGCCAUUUGGUGCUGUGCAGGUAGUUCAGACUGGGUUUAUUAGAGCUGACUAGCUGCCGUGCCUGUAAUCACCCCUGAUGAGAGCAGUGAGGAAAUAUUGCAGGCCAUAAAACAAAAAACAAUGAGCUGAGAUGAACAGCAGAGUCUGGUAACAAUGAUCUCCCUUUCAAAUUGCACAUAACAGUCUGACUUAUUGUUAAUAUAAAAUAUUGAUUAAAGCAACUUUAAAUGCAAACACACCGUAAGAUUAAAAUGACAUGAUAUUUACUUAUUGGUGGAAAAAUGGUACCUUCCCAUCCUAUUGAUCUGUCCUAUUGCUGUCUUUACAGAAACUAUGGCCUUAGAUGUAUGUACCUAGUUCACAGCAGCACAUGUUUUUUAGGGUUUUACCAUUUAAACUUUGUUUUUUUUCAGUGAUGGUAUGCCUUUCUUAAGUCCAUACCUGUUAUAUCAGAGUAUGGCUGUUUGGAUUAAAACAGCUUUCUUUCUCUUAGAUCACCGUACAUCAUGUCAUUUCUUCCUUAGAGUACAGCCAAAAUAAAAAUCUUACAGUUCAUACUCA